GAAGCAACCCGGGGGGUGGGGGAGGGGGAGGGGGACAAUCCCCUCUCUUUCCCCCUCAUUCCACUCUCCCAUUUUCGUCUCACUCUUCCUCCCUCUUCAUGGCUAACCACAAUGAAAAUUCCACUCUCACCAAGCCCGACUCCCCCCCUCUCCUCAAACGAUCCAAGACCAUCGCCCUCGAUACUCCCCCUCCGCCCCAGCACUUCCCCGGCCCACUCUUCCCCGCCGUCCGCCGUCUCUCUUCUUCUCCUCCUCCUCUCUCUGCUUCUGCCUUCCGUCAAUCCAACUCUGAUCUCCGCCUCUCCCUCGAUAAUAAUAAUAAUAAUAAUAAUAACAACAACAAUGAUUCCGCUUCUCCCCCUCACGGUGCUCACUUCUUCAAUCGGGAUUAUAUUUUCCCCUCUUGUCUCGGUCCUUAUGCGUCUAAUUCUAGACUCUCUCUUAAAACCCCCAAGCUUGCUAACCAGGACGUCUCCACCACUACCACCUCAUCGAAUCGUCGGAUUGGUUCGGGUAGGGUAAGGGGUGUGGCCGUCGAACAGUCGCCUUCGGUGGCAGCUACGUUAAAGGUGGGGGAAUCGAAGAAGGAGGAGAAGGUCGUGAAGGUGAUUGGUAAACCUGAUUUGGAUUCUCAGUCCUCCAGUGUGAAGAGAUCUUGGAAACCUUCGCGUUCUUUAAUGCAAUAUUGGCCCAUUGUCGCUUGUAUGUUCAUGGGAUUCUAUGUAGUUUUCCUGCAGACGAAAGUUACGAAACUUGAGGAAGAGAAAUCUCACCUUCGUCAAAUUUGUAGUAAUGAAAACGUUAUCAAUGCAACUUGGGGAAUUUCAGUACCAGGAGAUAACAGUUCAAUAUUUUAUUUUUUUAAUGCUGACAGUCGAACUAUAGCUUUGUAUACCGUAGUGUGCACACUUGUUAUGCCGUUUAUAUUGUACAAGUAUCUUGAUUACCUUCCCCGAAUUAAGAACUUUUCCGAAAGAACUCAAAAUAGCAAGGAUGAGGUUCCUUUGAACAAGAGAAUUGCAUAUGUGGUCGAUGUGUGUUUCUCCAUCUAUCCUUAUGCAAAGCUGCUUGCACUUCUUUUUGCCACUGUAUUUCUUAUAGGAUUUGGUGGGUUAGCAUUAUAUGCUGUUAGUGAUGGUAACUUUGUGGAAGCUCUCUGGCUUUCAUGGACAUUUGUGGCCGACUCAGGAAAUCAUGCUGACAGGGUUGGCAUUGGACCCAGAAUUGUUUCUGUCUCUAUAAGUGCAGGAGGUAUGCUGAUUUUUGCAAUGAUGCUUGGGCUUGUUUCUGAUGCGAUUUCGGAGAAAGUUGACUCACUGCGAAAAGGAAAAAGUGAAGUCAUCGAAAGAAACCACAUUCUCAUUCUUGGAUGGAGUGAUAAAUUGGGUUCACUUUUGAAGCAAUUAGCUAUCGCAAAUAAGAGUAUUGGUGGAGGGGUAGUUGUUGUUCUUGCAGAAAGAGACAAGGAGGAAAUGGAGAUGGAUAUAGCAAAGCUAGAAUUUGAUUUCAUGGGGACAUCUGUCAUUUGUAGGAGUGGCAGUCCUCUUAUACUUGCCGACUUGAAGAAGGUCUCUGUGUCUAAAGCACGUGCUAUCAUUGUAUUGGCAACCGAUGAGAAUGCAGAUCAGAGUGAUGCGCGUGCUUUGAGGGUAGUGCUCAGCCUCACGGGAGUGAAGGAAGGUUUGAGGGGCCAUGUAGUUGUUGAGAUGAGUGACCUCGACAAUGAACCUCUUGUAAAACUUGUUGGAGGUGAAGUUAUUGAAACGGUUGUUGCUCAUGAUGUAAUUGGACGCUUAAUGAUACAAUGUGCUCUGCAACCGGGACUUGCUCAGAUAUGGGAAGAUAUCUUGGGGUUUGAGAAUUCAGAGUUCUACAUCCAAAGAUGGCCUCAGUUAGAUGGGCAACGAUUUGGAGAUGUACUGAUUUCAUUUCCUGAUGCUAUUCCUUGCGGAGUUAAGGUUGCUGCAGAUAGUGGAAAGAUAAUCUUAAAUCCAGAUGAUAACUACAUUUUAAAGGAGGGGGAUGAAGUCCUUGUUAUAGCUGAGGAUGAUGACACCUACGCUCCUGGUCCCAUUCCUGAGGUACGCAGAGGUUUUUUCCAAAAGAUUAUUGACCCUCCAAAAUAUCCUGAAAAGAUACUGUUUUGUGGUUGGCGCCGUGAUAUAGAUGAUAUGAUUAUGGUUCUAGAGGCAAUCCUUGCUCCUCGUUCGGAGUUGUGGAUGUUUAAUGAAGUUCCUGAAACAGAGAGAGAGAAAAAGCUUAUUGAUGGUGGACUUGAUAUUUCUAGUCUAGUUAACAUUAAACUUGUCCAUCGCCAGGGAAAUGCUGUCAUUAGAAGACAUUUAGAGUCACUUCCACUGGAAACUUUUGAUUCUAUACUAAUUCUCGCAGAUGAAUCCUUAGAGGACUCCGUUGUGCAUUCAGAUUCACGUUCUCUUGCCACUCUUCUUCUUAUUAGAGAUAUACAGUCGAAGAGGCUUCCGAACAAAGAUAUGAAGUUAACUUCAACAUCUUUGCGGCUUGCUGGGUUUUCUCAUCACUCGUGGAUUCGAGAAAUGCAGCAAGCAUCAGAUAGAUCAAUAAUAAUUAGUGAAAUCCUGGAUUCAAGGACCAGAAAUCUGGUAUCAGUUUCUAGAAUCAGUGAUUAUGUGUUGUCCAAUGAAUUGGUAAGUAUGGCACUAGCUAUGGUGGCGGAAGACCAGCAGAUUAAUCGUGUCCUUGAGGAACUAUUUGCAGAAGAGGGCAAUGAAAUGUGUAUUAGACCGGCGGAAUUUUACUUAGUUGAUCAGGAAGAGCUCUGUUUUUACGACAUAAUGAUUAGGGGGCGACAGAGGCGAGAAAUAGUGAUAGGCUAUAAGCUUGCAACAUCCGAGCAUGCAAUAAUCAAUCCACCACAGAAAUCUGAGCUGCGGAAAUGGUCUCUGGACGACGUUUUUGUUGCGAUAUCGUCAGGUUGAGGAAUUUAGAGACACAAGACACCAACAAAGGUUGUCACAGGUACAAGGUUUGUACUAUUAUUUUGCAAAAUCCCUCUAUGUGCUAUCCAUGAUAAUGAUAGGAAUGGGCGGGGAUUAUCUUCUCAUAACGUACUCAUCGAGAAUAGAGAUUAUCUAUGAUUCAUAGGCUCGAUAACAUAAUUUUUUUUUUUGGCGGAAGGGAUUUUGAAGAUGAUUUUUUUGGGGGAAGAAGAAGUGCAGAGGAAUGGUUUCUUGUAUUAUUAGAUCAGUGUACAGAAAAAUAAAAAACUUUAGAUGUCAGUCAUCAAAGAAUGUGUAUGGCUAAGCUAACCAAUGGAAAGUGACUGCGGCACUUUGUAUAAUUUUGAUUGAUAUUGUAAAAUCGAUGGAGCUCUGUUUUGCAAUGGGGAGGGGAUUAGGAAACAUACGCAUUCUUAAGAUGGUCAUAAUGAAGCAAGCUAUUAUGUUAUGCCAAUAAAUUAUAUCAUGCUGCUCCUUCCUUGA